AAUGGGUUUCGCGUGAUACAGGGUUACCUCUUAGAUUCGAGGUUUAUUGGCGUCCACCACUUGAGAGCAAUAUCUCUUAUUGGAUGUAUGACUUUUUGCAUGUGCUUGGUUGUACAGGGUUGUUGAGGAGCAUGUAACCCACCAUCAGCUGGUGCUUUUUCUACGUUAUUCGAGGGGUUGACUCCCGCUAACUACGCCUGCGUUAAUUCCGAGGCGUACCCUGGCAUUAAUACCGAGUGCAACCUAAGAAGCGGGCUAGUGUUUGUUUUCUGUAGCCUACAGUCAUUUGGAAUGGCAGACGAGUCUCUGUUUGACUUUCUCCAUAUGGAGAUCGUGUCACAUGUUUACAAGGAGCAGCAGUCCAGUAAAGGAGAAAUGGACAACAAGGACAGAGCUGUCUGUGUUUCGGUACUUGAAAGCAUGGGCUUCAGGGUGGGACAGGGACUCAUUGAGAGGUUGACCAGGGACACUCCCAGCUUCAAGGAUGAGCUGGAUGUAAUGAAGUUCAUCUGUAAAGACUUCUGGACAAAGGUGUUCAGGAGGCAGGUCGACAACCUCAGAACAAACCAUCAGGGUACCUAUGUUCUGCAGGACAACAAGUUUUCUCUGCUGACUCAGAUGUCCAGUGGGAAACAGUACCUGGAUCAGGCUCCCAAAUAUCUUGCUUUUUCGUGUGGCGUGGUGAGAGGAGCUCUGUCGAACCUAGGUCUGGACAGUGUGGUGACAGCCGAGGUCUCUGUUAUGCCAUCCUGUAAGUUCCAGGUGGUGAUCCAGAAGUUGUGACCUGAUCCUCUCCGCUGCCCUGGCGCCUAUCAACAGGGCCUCAUGGGGUUUUGUUAGUUCUAAAGAGAGGAUACUGGUUCCUGUCCAACCACAGAAGGAACCAAACACCACCUUGAUUUCCACAACUGGGUCAAACAGGACUAUCCCAGUUCUGCUGACAACCAGGUAGCGCUGACAGGGCAAGAAGGGCAAGCCAAGGCUUACCUUUUACUUGUGGUACUCUGACACGGAGCAAGAUUUGUGUUAUUCCUUUUGCAUCUUGAUUUUGAUGGAGGUUAUUUUCCCAUUUCAGCAAAAUAACAUUUGAUGUUCUCAAUAUUAGUUAACACGAAAUAAGCGGUGCCAGGCACUGGCUGACCCCACUUGGCUGAGCUUUGAAAAAAUAUCAACUGUUGUGAAUACAAUAAUGUGAAUGUAUAGUAAAUCACAUAGUAAUGUGAUAUUCUUUGUAAUGUGUUGCAAUGUCGAGUCCCUAAAUUGAGAGUGCUUACUAAGAAAUAAUAGAAAAUGAAAAAGAAAAAUCAGAAUUUAGGAUAAGACAUCAUGUUGGAUGAUAUUUCAGGACUAUCAACAAAAUCCAAAUAGCUAGUGAACCUUUGAAAUUACUACACCAGGAACUUCAUAUUUAUUGUUCAACACUUGUUUCUGUGCACUGAGCAGCUGUAACCAGCUCCUGGUGCUUUGCUCUGCCUUGCAGCAGAUUGCCUUUUGGAGCCAGGUGUUUCAUGUGUGCUGUUGGUUGUUUGAAUUUCAGUUCAUUUUAAGGCAAAAUGCAAAUCUGGGAUGAGUCGUUGGUACAGGGAAUUAUGUUACACGAUAAGGCCUGAUAAGAGUUUCUAUGCCCAGCCUUUCUACAAAUUAGGAAGUGGAAUGGCGUCUACUUGGCAAGCAUCACCCCGUUCCUCUGUAGCGAUGUCACAUUUCAGAGUUGACAACUCAAACUGGGUUUACACGUUUAUUACUUUUUUGUACCAAGAUGUGCAUUUUUUUGUCUUUUGUACAGCAUUGAUAUGUAAACAUAGAAUUUUCCUAGCAUACAGUGAGCUGUGAAUGCGAUUGCAUCGUGUUGUAAAGUUUUGGAAUUACUUCACCUGGACUUCUGGGUCAUGAUUGUCAAUGACACCUUGAGUCUCCUUAUAUGUGAGUCCUAAACGCUUAAAACUGCAAGGCCAUAAGUAUGAGCUGUUUGUUUAAUUUAUUACAGUUUCUUUAUUUUGUCAAUUAAGCAGCAAAAAUAAACCAAAAUAAAAAUGUCAUGACAAGAACGCCACAAAUACAAGUCCUGUUGAACUAGAAAAGACGUCGCAAUGAACUCAAUGAAAUUGAAUCUUGGAUGCAGUUACAUCAUUGUGACACUAGAGGGACACAUAAAGCUGUCACUACUUUACUGUCUGUGGCUUCACCAGUUUGCAGAUGUACUUGUGGCAAUUUAUGUCCAGUAUCUCUUUCUCUGUUCUGAUCUCUCAGAUCAGAAAGGGAACCCAUAGUUGAACUAACUUGGCUGCACAGUGCCAUGAAAAAAAACCCUGUGUUUGUUUGCAUGAUGUUUUCUGUAACAAAAUAAUCUGUAACAAUGAAGUUAUUCAAAAUAUUUUGCUGUUUUAAGCCACCAGAUUUCUUUCAUUAAGUCUGCAAAUAUUUAUUAUUGAUACAAUUGAUCUGUUGCACCACAAGACGUGAACAUGUCCUUUCUAUGUUCUAUUUUUCAUUUACAGUAUUUUAACUCUUAAGAACUGUUUAGUUGUAAUGUUCUUAUGUAAACUGACCGUUUCAGUUUUUUAUUACUUCUCUGCAUAACAGCACAUUUCACUGUGUGCACUAGCAGCAGCAGGUCCAUUUCCCAGCAUCCCUGCUUAAGUUACUAAUAUGUCUUUCAUGUUGUUGAUCCAUAUCAUGAGCUUGGUAUUAAGAGCUUCUACUGUAUGUGAGUGUUCUGCACUAGUCAUUAUCAAAGUUUUGUCCCGGCAGGCUAAACUGCAACUUUAGUUUUCAAGAAAGCCACAAGUUAGUGUUUACAGCAGUUUAAACAGGUUCAGUCAAAUCCAUCAUCAUAUUUAGUUCAAUUUUACACUUCAGAUAUGAACACUCUGGAUUUUCAAUAUUUCCUUUCAUAUGGCACCACAUUGCACCAGUUAAUGGAUUAUGGUGCUCACACUGCUUUUAUUUUUGCCUCUGCUCUAAUAAAGUACCCCUGACUGUGUUCCAGUAUUACACUGCCACCAGGGUAACAGUUUUACACAAUAAAGGUUGU